UUAAUCACGCUCUAAGAACCACAGAAAAAGGAGCUAUCCUAGAGAUACGUAGUGCUUCAUCCAACGUACCCUUUCUCUUUUUCUCCUUUGUCAUCUUAUUAUAUAAUCCCACUCCCCGCAUGUUUUUAAAAUAUAUACACAUAACUUACAUAGUACACAAAGUCACAUAUCGAUCAAACUCUAUUAGCGAUGGGCACGCCGUCUUCGUUGGGCGAGAUCAGAAAGGCACAGAGAGCAGAUGGCCCUGCAGGUAUCUUGGCGAUAGGCACGGCCAACCCUGCGAACCAUGUGAUCCAAGCGGAGUAUCCCGAUUACUACUUCCGCAUCACCAACAGCGAACACAUGAUCGACCUUAAGGAGAAGUUCAAGCGCAUGUGCGACAAAUCGGGGAUAAGGAAACGGCACAUGCACCUGACGGAAGAGUUUCUGAAGGAUAAUCCAAACAUGUGCGCCUACAUGGCUCCUUCUCUCGACGUUCGACAGGACGUAGUGGUGGUUGAAGUCCCUAAGCUAGGCAAAGAGGCGGCAGAGAAGGCCAUCAAAGAAUGGGGUCAGCCCAAGUCCAGGAUUACUCACCUUGUCUUCUGCACUACCUCAGGAGUUGACAUGCCUGGUGCCGACUACCAGCUCACCAAGCUCCUUGGUCUUUGUCCUUCUGUCAAGCGUCUCAUGAUGUACCAGCAAGGUUGCUUCGCCGGGGCCACUGUCCUCCGUCUCGCCAAGGACCUCGCCGAGAACAACCGUGGCGCACGUGUUCUCGUCGUCUGCUCCGAGAUCAUUGCCCUCUUCUUCCGUGGCCCCUCUGACACCCACCUUGAUUCCCUCCUCGGACAGGCCCUCUUCAGUGACGGCGCCGCCGCACUCGUUGUCGGUUCGGACCCGGAUAUCUCUGUGGGAGAGAAACCAAUCUUUGAGAUGGUGUCUGCCGCGCAGACCAUCCUCCCAGACUCGGACGGCGCUAUAAAUUUACAGUUGAGGGAAGCGGGACUCACCUUCCAUCUCCUGAAGCACGUCCCUAGGCUCAUCUCGAAGAACAUUGAAAAGAGUCUACACGAGGCGUUUAAACCGCUGGGGAUAAGCGACUGGAACUCCCUCUUCUGGAUAGCCCAUCCUGGUGGUCGAGCGAUUUUUGAUGAGGUUGAGAAAAAGCUAGGACUCAAGGCAGAGAAGAUGAGGGCCACACGUCACGUGUUGAGCGAGUACGGAAACAUGACGAGCGCGUGCGUCCUCUUCAUAUUGGACGAGAUGAGGAGGAAGUCCGCCGAAGAUGGUGUGGCCACGACAGGAGAAGGGUUGGAGUGGGGUGUCUUGUUUGGUUUCGGACCAGGUCUCACUGUUGAGACAGUAGUCUUGCACAGCGUUCCUCUUUGAACAGUAGGCUCCCUUCUUACCUACUAUAAUCAUUUGUGCCUCAUUGACGUCCAGAAGCAAAGCAUAGAGACCACUGGCCACGUAAAAGAGUGUUUAUAAACACAUGCAUCUUUGUGGAUCCGGGGAUCCGGUCAAAUGAUCGCCAAGCCGAAGAUAAUCCCACUAAUUGAUCUGAGAACAUGUUCA